GUCCACCUCCCGGGCAGCGACAACUCCAUUCCAUUCCUCGGCGACUUCCGGCCAUGGAGACUUGAGGUGACCAUUUCUUCCCAAGAUCGUCCCAGGUGGUUUGUCGCAAAUCCGACAUGGCCAGAAUUUACAAAGACACCCGAGUCGACCUCCGGCCGUACUCGCCGAACUCCGUUGUGACCAUCCGCAUCCCAUCAGAAGCGAACUCGCCAGGCCGCGCUCGAUUCUCGACCUCCCCUCUCACAAAACCCGACGACUCGAUCGCGAGGGAUGAAGACGAAUUUUCCAAGCGCUAUCUGGCCACCCAGGGGUCCGUUUAUUUCCGCAAGCGCAGCGUUUAUCCCCGAACGUUCCUCUGGAGGGUCGUCGACGACAGCAAGGUGCUGGAGAUCCAGUGUGUGGAUUUGACAAAGGGAGGAAUUGAGCACCACGAAUACAACGUGACCUUGCGAUUGGAUUUCAAAGAAGAGAUACUUCCGUCGGGUGUUGAUCUCGCGGACUUGGAGGACCACGAAGUGCUCAGCGUGUUUGUUAUUACGGCCUCCAAACAGCUACACACUCUGACCCUGCGCCCGGAAUUCUUUCGACGGACGGAAGCGAUCGAUGAGAACAUUUCGGACUGGUGCAAGUCCUGUGUCCCGGCACCUCUUACCUUCUCUCACCCUCACCGACUACAUGCUAGCAGCCCGCUUGAGCUAUUCAUUUCCCUCGACAAUGGCUCUCUCUUGCGCCUAACUAGGAAAUCCAGCGAUGAUGGCUCACACUGGACCCCAUUGACUUUCGACGAAAGAACCUGGGGAUCGUCGAUUCGAGGCUUGGUCAGGUGGCAUGCGCAACCCUCGAUCAAAUACAAUGGCCGUCAUCUCGACACUAAUCUCGCCAAUGCGAUCGCAACCACUUCCGACCAGACAUACGUUUUCGCGAUCUGUCUAAACCACACCCUGAAGAUAUGGAACCUCGCCACGAAUAAAUUGGUUGCGACAAAGGAUCUAUUGGGUCGCGAAGUACCACAGUCGGAUGCGACAACAUACUCACUCAACCCAUCCGAAUCAUCUUUCAUUCGCGUUUUCAACGUGGAGAGAGCGUUGGAUGGCGGCUACCGGUAUUAUCUCAUCACAUACUCGCCCUUCGAGGAUGGUCGCUUCAAAUUUUGGGCCAUCAAAGGGGGCCUAACAUCGCCUCUCAUUAUUGAAGAUCUCUUCCCUGAUGCCUCGCUGAGGCCUUUGGAUCCCGAUACGUCAGGCAACAUGUUCUGGACGAUUGCGGAUUUCCAGGUUAAGCCCGCGGAAGAAGGGAGGGGAAUGGAGCUAUGGGUCCUUUGGAGAAAUAGCAGCUUCUAUCAGCUCUACACGCUGCACUUCAAUUUCGAGAGCCUGACUACGGAUUGGGAUAAUAACUGGGUAUCGACAGUUAUGGAUACCCGUGGAGAGGAGCACCCGCCGACGCCGCCGGUGCCCUCUGAUGUCGAGGACCCGACUGAAAAGUGGUUGAAGUUUCUUUUACAUCCCAACAGGAUUUCGCCCGAGGCGCUUGAAACCGCUUUGGCGAUUUACCAGGAGGCCCUUAAGCCAUUGUCCUCGCCUAGUGUGCUGAAGAAGGACACCCCUCUUUCGGAACGGCUUUGCACCACCAUCGCCGCUACCGUCUCACUCCGCAAGUACGCCGACGACGAAAUGGAUUUCACGCGGUACCGGGCAGACACCGACUCCAAGUGGCGUCAAUUCUGGCAGAUCGCGGACGACAUCAACAGAAGAAGAUUCGAACCGGUUGCACUUGCGUACGAUUCCUACUAUGAGAUUCCAUGGCUGCUUCUUUCAGGCGGCUGUGCGGUGAUCAGAGAGUGCAGUUCUACAGAACUACUAUUACACAAUUCGGGCUCGGAGCUUCGUUCAGAAGGGCCCAAGAUCGUGGACCGCUGGAGGCACAGGAAUCUGGGCACGGAAAUCGGUGAUUUGUUUGAGCAAGCGUCUCAUCUUAUCCAAGUCGCCGCGGGAUUCAGGAAGAGAUUUCCAGCAGAGCUUGAGGUGGCAUGCCAAAGAGCCCUUGAAGCAGAGCUGUUCACGGAGCCCUCGUCCUCCGUUCCCGAUAGGAUGGAUACCUUCCGCGAUCGAUGCGAAUUUGGGGAGCAAGUCUCUAACAAAAUUUACGAUGGCCUGGUCGGUGCUAUGAACAAACACCUGAACAUUUUCAACUUAAGGAAUGAGGUUUUUUACACCAUCAUCGACACGAUCCCGCUGGGAUUUCCCGGCAAGGAUUCCGAUCUUUUGGCCACACAUUUCGGCGUCAAGGUCACCGUCAAUGGUGUCCAGGAGGCCAUCCUCUUUACGCGUCAGAUUCUCAUCGACCUCCUAGCCCUGGUUCUCUUCGUGGAUGGCGAAGUAGAGCAGGAGGAAGGCUCUGAUUUCGAUGCCGUCGAACUGUUUGCAUCGCUGAUUACUUUGCUGAGGGAAUAUGAAAUGAUGUUAUGGCUCAGCUCGAACUCCCGGAAAUGUGCCGACAGACCUGCCGACAGCUCUGGAGACCUGACCGCUUCGACAUUCUCACCGAAGGGAUCAUCGUCAAAGAAAGGCAAUAAAAGGAUUGCAACCAUCUUGGAGGACUUGUUUGCUACCGAUAUCAAACCUCGCCAGACCAUCGGCCUACCCCAAAGUUAUACCCUGAGCCUUGGUAUUCGCGAUGUUCUAUCGUGGGUCACGCGUCAAGGGGAGGUUGCCUAUCCAAACGCACUGGUCUACAUUCAAUGCGAUCUCAUUGCGAAAAACAACAUCGAUCUUGCUUGGGACUUCCUCCGCUUUCAGCCAAGCACAUCCUGGGCGACCUAUGUUAAAGGCCGCCUGUACGUGGCCAUGUCCGAAUUCGACAUUGCAGCCUUGUAUUUCCGGAAAUCUGCAUAUCUGCUCUCCUGCGGCAAACCUCUGGGUAACUUGCACGAGAUGUCGUCGACUCUUUUAGAUAUCGUUUCGGUGGACUGCUUCCAUAACGGUCUACCGAAGUAUUUCCAGCACAUAUUAUCUAUCUUUGAACACGCUCGCUCGUUCACCCAUGUUGCAGACUUUGCCAGUCUUGCAUUGCAGGCGCUGGCGAGUGAAGGCUAUUCAGAGCAGGAUCCCGAAUACAUCAGCCUGCGAACGGAUCUUCUUUCGCGCCUCUUCUAUGCUUCUCUUCACAACUGUCAAUUUGACCAGGCAUACUCGGCACUUGCCCGCUACAAGGACCUCACACUUCAAAAGUCUGCGCUUAGCUCUUUGAUCACAGGUAUCCUGGCCGCAUCAGGUUCCGGCACUGCCGGACUUCAGCAGAUUCUUCAUUUCCCAACAGCACUUGUCCCCAAUAUCGCAUCCUAUGUAGAUGAGGCCCUGGUCUCACUCGCACGGAAGCAGACUUCUUUUACCUCCUACGUGGAUGGCGAGAACCAAUGGACCGACGGCACUCCAGACUACCAACGGAUCCUACAGGCGUAUCGUAUUGCACGAGGUGACUAUCGCGGCGCUGCUGAGAUUGCCUACCGCAAUGUUCAGCGACUCCGGAACUCUCGGGAUAGCUCGUCGGCUUUAGCUUUUGCCAAAGGCCGUGCCACGGAUGAUCUGGCAACCGCAGCCGGGGAGGAUGACCCCGAGAGCCAGGAGAUAAGACAUGAGCUUCUGUCACUCAUCAACCUUCUUGGCUGCGUCGACAAGAGCGAAUCUUACAUUCUCAUCGAGAAGGAUGACCCAUUCGUGUCUGCUGCACCGCCGUACAGACGUCGUAGCCUACAGGCCGACGAUGACGGAAACGUAUUUAUGGACGAUGCCGAGGCUGGCUCGCCCACUCCUUACGGAUCCAAGCGCAGGCUAAGUGCGAGUCCUACGGCCAUCCGACCUUCCAGUCGUAGAGGAAGCAAAUCCUCGUCUGCCGAGACCGUCGGUCCCCGCCGUCGCGUCAUAGUCACUCUCGACCACCUGCGUCGCGAGUACCAGGGCGAAUUAGACCGGGUUAGCAGGAUCGAACGAGGGGACUGGGAGUUUGGGGCUCUUGAUUCCGAUGAGGCCGAUAAUGAUGAUACGAUGCUACUCUAGAUCAAUAUUCACCACAAGAGUUUGCCAUAUGAUUGUGCUGUUUUUUCUCCCGCUCUCCGUUGAUUUGGCCUACACUCGUCUUCCUGAUUUGAGCUCUUGGACUGCAUUUGUACUCUAGGCUAGAAAUUCUCUUGACAUGUUAGUUUAUCUGGCGGUGAAAAAGAAGCAGGAAAUUGUAGGGUCUUUGUUCCAUUUUCGUUAUAUUUUUUUUUCUACGGUGCACAAUCGGACGGAUGUGUUGUUCUUUUUUUGCCUCUCUUUCUAGCAUGAUCCUUUGGGGCGUAAUUCUCUUUCAGACGC